AUGUCUUCUCGACCGAUGCUUAAGCUGACCUUCAGUAAAACGAAGGUUGACCAAGUUGCUAAGGCCGUUUCUCCUCCUUCUCCUACCACCCCCGGGGGCUCCUCACUUCCUAAGCUCAAAUUCAAAAUCGGCCCAAAGCCCAGCGCAGAUGAACAACAAUCCUCCCCGCCUGGUUCAUCCUCCAAAUCCUCCAAAUCCUCCAAAAAGCCUAAGGCUUCCCGACCUAAGGCAUCACAAGAGACCCCACGCUCAAGUUCUUCAAAGAAACGAGCCAGAGACAGAACCGGUAACGAUGCUGGCAUCGGUUCCCCAGCUCCAGCGUCCAAAAACAAGGGAAGCUCAUCUGCAAAAACCCCCGCGAUAAAGCGCAUCAAGUUCAGCACCAAACCUCCGCCAUCUAUCCGUCUACGAAGCAAAGGAGAACCUCCUUUUCGACCGAAAGGUGUGGGCUAUGACUCUGAAGCUUCAGACACAGAAAAGGAUCCGGCCCUGGAAGAACAAUUUAUCCUCCGUAUGCAGCCGGGCGAUGACUGUGAAUACCUCCGCCAGGCCGUGACGGAGAAGAGGUGGGGGCCUCGCAGUCAGGGUGGCGCCGAUGUGAGCUUCAAAUCACUGACUAAAGAUGGACGGCGCGCCGUUAUCAACAUUCGUGGACGCAUAUACGCCGCUUCCCUCGUUGAUCUACCAUGCAUUAUCGAGGGCAUGAAGAGCUGGGAUAAACGCGGCUGGUAUAAAUCUGCAGAUAUCUGCCAGAUGCUGCUUGUGCUUGGCCGUGUCAACUCGGAAGAAGAAGCACAUACCUUCCCACUACCCAAAAACAUCGACGAGUCUAGCUAUCAGUAUGCCCAUGGACUCACCCCGCCACUUCGAUGGGUGCGCAAGAGACGGUUCCGCAAGCGGAUUAGCAACCGCACUAUCGAGGCAGUUGAGUUGGAAGUUGCACGUUUACUAAGGAAAGACAUGGCGGCUGAAAGUCCGCCGGAAUUCGAGAUCCUGGAUUAUGCGCAGUACAUGCGGGAGUCUAGUGCUAUGAGUGAAGAUGGUGCAAGGUACAAUCUGGCUGGACAAGAAUAUGAUGAUGAGCAGGAUGCUGAAGGGGAAGUGGAUGACUACGGCAUGGAUGGCUACACUCAACCUUCUGCACAGGAAGAAGGUGUUGAUGAAUUCGAAGAUGAACUUGCAGCUGAGAUGGAGGCGGCGCUGGCCGCUCAUGCGGAUGGAGACUCAGCCCCUGCUUCUGCUGUUACUGGUGAAAUUCAUGUGUCCGACACAUCUCCGGCCACACCCAUUGCCACGGAAGCUGAGGGAGAAGCAGAGGGUGAGCUUGAGGUGGGAACACCCAUUAUCAAACCCCUAACUGCGGGUGAAACGUCCGGGGAUGACGAUGAAGAUGAAAGCGAAGAGGGAUCGUCGGGCGACGAGGCGGACGAUGCAGACCUCGAUGAAGAUGCGUUGGAGCAGCAACGGCAACUACAGCAGCAGCGGGAGGAGAUUGCUGAACUGGAGCUGCUGGUACAGACUGAGACGCUAAAGUGGGAGAGUAUGGCGAAUCCGAUUCUGAAGUCGAAGCUGGGCAAGCGUGUACAGAGUCUUCAGCAGGCGUUGGAGCUGAAGAAAGUUUCGCUUGGGGAAAGGCGCGAUGGGUAG